GAAGCCUGGACCAGAAAUCUCUCUCUCUCUCUCUCUCUCUCUCUCUCUCUCUCUCAAUCAUUUGUUUGGUCUUUGCUUCAAACUCCUCUGUUCACUAAUUUCUGUUCUGCUCCUUUACUAAAACGAUGGCUAUAUAUACCCUGUCAAAUAAUCUUCUUAGUAAAAUUUAGAGCAAAAAAAAAUCUUAGAACCCAAAAAUUCUCUCUCUCCUAUGCAAAAUAAAAGGUUCAAUUUCUGUGUAACAUUUCUAACAGUGGAGAGCUCUGAAGUUUCCUUCAGUUUCAAGUUUCAACCUUACUGCGUUGUUAGGCCAGGAAACUUGUGGCAUUCUAGCAUUAAGGCCUCAACUUGACCCCAUCUCUGGCUCUGGUAUGGUUACAUUUUCCACAAGGAGAAGUUGCACACCUUUUCCAAUAGCUCAUUUUGCAAGUGAAGCUUCAUCCAUGGAUUGUUAUGCUCAGCUUGAAGCUACAUUUCAGACUCCUCUGAAUUUGGACAAGCUCAUGCUUUUGUCAGAUGAGGCAGAGCGGUACAUUCUUGCAAAAUGUACCCUCUACAAGCAGCAAACAUCUCCCAAAAUUUGGUGGAGAACAGUUCCACAGAAUACCGGGUCAUUCUGUUAUUGGAUUGUUUGCGAGUGAAUGUAAUCCUCCCCAGGUAACCAAAUCAAAAGACUUAAGUUGUUGGUAUUAGAGAAACUUGGCAUUACCAUCCACAAAAACUAUCAUAUUCUAUGCAUUAUGUAGAGACAAUGAGAAUAGGCACUGCAUUGGACUCUGUAACCGUAUUGACUGGAUAUUAUCUCUGCAUUUCUCAGACAACCCAGAGUUGUUUAAUCGUGAAAAAGACUGAUGUUAAUCAGUGUGAAGAGAGAAAAGACAUUGGUAAAGCAAGGAUAUGGAGUGAUAAAACAACAUUAAUUGAUCAUGACAGCCAAUCUCUACCUUUUGGUAAUAACCAAAAGAAAAACCGAAGAUACAAUCUGCUGGGAAGUUCUGCAGCUAGUGAAGGAAAAGAAAAAUACUGAAGACAGUAAGCCUUCUGAAGUAAUGUUGAAGAAUGAAUUGUUCAGCUGAAACUGAUAGCAUGAAAAUGGAUGUGUUUUGGAAAAGAACCAUCUUUGUGGUAUGACUUCUUCCCCACUAAAGCAGGAGAGUGAAAUGGACCAAAAUGCACCUACUCAUCUUGCACUUGGCUGUCCCAGAAAAGAAAUUGGAUGUAAAAAUGUUAUACCUGACAUGAACUUGGAGCCUCCUGCUCCGAUCGAUAAUUUGGAGCCAACUUCUUCCAGAACUCAAAGUAUGGAAUUGAGAUCACUCCUUGGUCAUAAUGAGCAGCCAAGUUCAUUGAAAGCCGAUUUCUCCCCUGUCGUUCUGCUUGAACAGGAACCAGGUGGCAGAUGGGUCAAGCGCCUCAAAAUUAGUGCUUCUGGGUCAUUUUCUGUUGGAACAAAGAGCGCUAACCUUUCAGGGAAUACAUCUCAUGAGAAAGCAAACAAAUUUCUAAGCAAAAUUACUAAAGUUACUAUAAGCGGCUCAGAACUCACAGCUGGUAAACUCCAUGGUGAAGAAUCGAUGGCUCUUGAUAGACCUCCAGCCUUAGCUAGCAACAGUGUCUCUUCAUCUAUAAAUGUUAUAAAGAAAAAUUUAGAGUUAUUGACUUCACAGUCUUGGAUGCGAAGGUGGCUUCAUAAUAGGGAUGCUACUGCACAAAAGAGGCCUCAACCAGUGGUAGUUUGUAAGCCUCGAGGCUCAAAGUUGGAAGUUGAUGAUUUUCGGAAGAAGCAGUUCCCAAGCAUUGCUGCCAUGGCCCUCAUGGGAAAGGCAUUAACUGGUUUUCAACCAUGCGAAUUCCAAAAUAGAGGUCCCUAUGUAGUUUGGAGGAGCACAGGAGUUUCUGAACCUACAUAGCAGCAAGAGUUUAUACUGAGCUUCAGGUUAGUCCACCGACAAUGCUGAUGCCCUUGUUGGUCAAGCUAUGCAUAAUGAGGACAAAUGUGCUCUGGCUUAAUAUGUGAUCAUGCAAUCAACUGCAUUUUGGAGCUUAGUAUCGAUUUGUUGGUGCUAGUAAGUACAUAGCUUGUCUUAGAUUUGGCUUCUAGUGUUUGCUUAGAUGGGGUUAUCUCUGUAGUUAACCAGUAUGAUAAGAAUGCCAGACACCUUGUUUCUUGAACAGGACAUUCAUCCGGCUGCUUUAAUCAGUGUGCGAGGGAUCUAGAUGAUGUAGCAAUUACGCGCUAAAGUAGGCGAUGAGAUCACUUUUCAAUGUUCGUCGUAGGGUCUUAGAUUCAGUUCAUUGGACAGUUGAACCAUCCCACCUUUACUUUGUUGAAGACUCUGAGUGAGUGACUGUCUGCUCCUCUCGUCAGCUGUAGAAAAAGUUUUUCGUUGAUUGAGAAUUAACCAAUUAGGAGAAGAAUUUGGUUUA